GCUACGGGCGGGGCCGGCGGGGACCUGAGGCCGAGGGACAGCGGCCCGAGCCCGGGCAAUGGCGAAGCUGCUGAGCUGCGUCCUCGGCCCCCGGCUCUACAAGAUCUAUCGGGAGAGGGACACGGACCGGGCCGCGUCCAGCGUCCCCGAGACUCCCACUGCUGUCCCCGCCGCCUCGUCCAGCUCCUGGGAUACGUAUUAUCAACCUCGGGCCCUGGAGAAACAUGCAGACAGCAUCUUGGCACUGGCUUCCGUCUUCUGGUCCAUCUCUUAUUACUCCUCUCCCUUCGCCUUCUUCUACUUGUACAGGAAAGGUUACUUGAGUUUGUCCAAAGUGGUGCCAUUUUCUCACUAUGCCGGGACAUUGCUGCUACUACUGGCAGGGGUGGCCUGCCUCCGAGGCAUUGGCCGCUGGACCAAUCCCCAGUACCGACAGUUCAUCACCAUCUUGGAAGCCACACAUAGGAACCAGUCUGCAGAAAACAAGAGGCAGCUGGCCAACUAUAACUUCGACUUCAGGAGCUGGCCAGUCGACUUCCACUGGGAGGAGCCCGGCAGCCGCAAGGGCUCCCGAGGUGGCCCUUCCCGCAGGGGUGUGGCCCUGCUUCGUCCAGAGCCCCUGCACAGGGGAACAGCAGACACGAUUCUCAACAGGGUCAAGAAGCUGCCCUGUCAGAUCACCAGCUAUCUGGUGGCACACACCUUGGGGCGCCGGAUGCUGUACCCAGGCUCCGUGUACCUGCUCCAGAAGGCCCUCAUGCCUGUGCUGCUACAGGGCCAGGCCCGACUGGUGGAAGAGUGUAAUGGGCGCCGUGCAAAACUGCUGGCCUGUGAUGGUAAUGAGAUCGACACCAUGUUUGUGGACCGGCGGGGGACAGCUGAGCCCCAGGGGCAGAAGCUGGUGAUCUGCUGUGAGGGGAAUGCGGGAUUCUACGAGGUGGGCUGUGUCUCCACACCCCUAGAAGCUGGCUAUUCUGUCCUGGGCUGGAAUCACCCAGGCUUUGCCGGAAGCACGGGGGUACCAUUCCCACAGAACGAGGCCAAUGCCAUGGACGUGGUGGUUCAGUUUGCCAUCCACCGCCUGGGCUUCCAGCCCCAGGACAUUGUCAUCUACGCCUGGUCCAUUGGAGGCUUCACUGCCACGUGGGCAGCCAUGUCCUACCCAGACAUCAGUGCUGUUAUUCUGGAUGCCUCCUUCGAUGACUUGGUGCCCUUGGCCUUGAAGGUCAUGCCGGACAGCUGGCGAGCCCUGGUCACCAGGACGGUGAGGCAGCAUCUCAACCUCAACAACUCGGAGCAGCUGUGCAGGUUCCAGGGCCCUGUGCUGCUGGUCCGAAGAACCAAGGAUGAGAUCAUCACCACCACGGUCCCUGAGGACAUCAUGUCCAACAGAGGCAAUGACCUCCUGCUGAAGCUCCUGCAGUUCCGGUACCCUCGAGUGAUGGUGGAGGAGGGGCUGAGAGCUGUGAGGCAGUGGCUGGAGGCCUCCUCCCAGCUAGAGGAAGCCUCCAUUUACAGUCGCUGGGAGGUGGAGGAGGACUGGUGUGUGUCUGUGCUUCGCUCCUACCAGGCAGAGCAUGGGCCCGACUUCCCCUGGAGUGUGGGGGAGGACAUGAGUACAGAAGGACGGAGGCAGCUGGCGCUGUUCCUGGCCCGGAAGCAUCUACACAACUUUGAGGCCACACACUGCACUCCACUCCCGGCCCAGCACUUUCAGAUGCCCUGGCACCUCUAGGACCACAUGUAGUCUCUUCUGGAAGGACAAGAUGGGAGGAGACACGAGGGGUACUUUUGUGACUCUUCACGUUGCUGUGUAUAGUCUGGACAGUGGGGACGUCCCUCUGGCCACAGCCCUCCUGCACGAUUCCCUCAUCUACGUGGAAGCGCUUAGCUCCCCUCAUACACACCUGCAUUAAAUGAAUGAUUUAUUCCUAAUAAUUAAUAAAAAGGUAUUUUUUCUACAA